CGCCUCCCUCCCCCUCCUGCGCGCCCUUCUUCCGCCGCGUCCCGCACUGCGCCCCGCCCGGCCACUCCCCCCCCCCUUUUUUUCCUGCCGUCCCUGCGACCCAUCUUCGCCCUUGCCUUCACUCCCGGCUCCUGCCUCUUCGCGCAAUGAUCCCCGGCACCGGUCGCCUCGUGGCCAUGCGCGCUGGCAUGGCUCUACGCUUGCUGCGCGUGGGGUCGGCUGCCCCUGCUCUGCGACCCCGCUGCCUGGUGGCGCAUGGCCGCCCCAGUGGGCUGAGCUUCCAGAUGACGGCGGGGCGCCUCUUCUCCAGCGCCACUCCCCCGGGCCCGGGGACAGUGUGCUGGGGCUGCGGGACGGCGCUCGCCCCUGGGAGCCACCAGUGCGGCGCCUGCGCACGUAUCAACCCCCAACUUCCGCUCACCGGCGAGCCAUGCCCCUUUGAGGUUUUGGGCCUGGCCACCUCGCCUCCGGGGGCUGCCUUCGAUGUGGACCUGCGCGCGCUGCGGAGCCUCUUCCUCGAGCAGCAGAUGCUCAUGCAUCCGGACCGCCUGGCCGGGGCGGGGGCCCACCUGACCCCGGCGCAGGUGGAGUAUUCCGAGCGCUUGAGCAAGGCCGUGACUGAGGCGCAUCGUGUCCUUCGGGAUCCGGUGCAGCGUGCCUUUGCGCUGCUUCGAGCGCAUGGUCACCCCAUUGAUGACGGAACAACCAAUGUCGACUCGGAACUUCUCAUGCUGGCCUUCAUGGCCCAGGAGACCAUCGAGUCCGGGGAUCCGGACGAAAUGAAUGACCUGGCAGCCGAGAACGAUCAGCGCACCCAGGAAGAUCUGGAGCACUUCCGGGCCAGCCUUGCGGCCAACGAUCUGGAGCAGGCCCAGAAGGUGGCCCUGCGUCUGCGCUACUGGCAGACCAUCACCAAUGGCCUGCGCGAGAAGCAGGACAUCUAGCGAGUCACGCUGGCUCCCGGCGUCCUACUUCCUGGCCAGGACGCGGGCUUUUUGCGAAAAGCCCCCAACACAUGUGCACACACACACACACACACA